AUGGAGAAAAUCUCCGUGGCCGUCCGGUUCCGCCCGUCCGCCGGCGAGGAUGCCUCCGGCGGGAGGCACUGGAAGGUCGAGGACAAUCGCAUCUCUCUGCACAGGCCCCUCGGCACGCCGAUCUCUGGGGUUUCGUUUGCCUUCGGUUUGUUGCUGCCCUCACCUUGUCGUCAAUUUCCCCAUUCCGGGUCCUGAAACUCUCAUUCGCUCUCGUAUCUUGUUGUAGAUCGUGUCUUCGAACAGAGCUGCAAGAAUGUCACCGUCUACAGCGUCCUCACCAAGUCCAUUAUCGAAGCCGCCGUCAAUGGAUUCAACGGUACUGUUGUUUCCUUUGCUCGCUUUUAUUUUAUCGUACGCAGCAUUUUUUGUCCCUCCUAAUCAACUCCUUAACACCCAGGGACUGCCUUCGCGUACGGGCAGACGAGCAGCGGGAAGACUUACACCAUGAACGGUUCUGAAGAUGAUCCCGGGAUCAUCCAGCUGGCUGUCAACGACGUCUUCAGCAGCAUAGAAGAGGUCAUUUAUGCUCGUCUACCAGAAAAAUGUUCGGAAUUGUCAGUCUCCCUAACGGGAGUUAUCUUGAGAUUUUCCUAAAUGAUUGUUCCCUUGACAAACUGUCAGAUCAAAGAGCGAGAGUUCUUGAUUAGAGUCUCUUACAUGGAGAUAUAUAAUGAGGAGAUCAAUGAUUUGUUAGCUGUGGAAAACCAGAAACUCCAAAUCCAUGAGAGCUUGGAUGUGAGUCUCUUGCUUAGGAUGCCGAUAGUGUUUUCAUUUUUCGUCUCUGACAUGUCUGACACUUCUAAAUUGUAGCGUGGAAUUUUCGUUGCGGGUCUCAGGGAGGAGAUUGUUAACAGUGCGGAUCAAGUGUCUAAGCUCCUUACGCUUGGGGAGGGUAUGCUCUCCCAUACAAAGUUUUUGCUGUUGAAAUUGGUUUUUUAAAAUUAAUUGCGUCGCCAUUUAUCUCCUUGUAGCGAAUCGACAUUUUGGGGAAACGAACAUGAAUGUUCGGAGUAGCAGGUCACAUACUAUUUUCAGGAUGGUAGAUGGCUCUUAUACUUUCAUGUCCUUUCAUAUUAUCUUCAUCUUCCAUACCCAUAUCCGUAUUGACUGACUGACCAAUCGUAAUUAGGUCAUUGAAAGCAGUGCCAACGAUACACUGUCGUGCUGUGAUUUUCCCAACGCUGAUGCCAUCCGUGUUUCUGUAUUGGUCUGUACCUCAUCCACUUCUUACGACAGUUUUGAGUUUAGAUGAUUCAAGAUAUUCGUGGAUUUAGUCAUUGUUAUAUCAUACUUAUGAUGCGCUUGAUUUUUUUUAACUAUCAGAAUCUUGUGGAUUUGGCUGGGUCAGAGAGAAUUGCUAAGACAGGAGCUGAUGGUGUACGUUUGAAAGAGGGGAAACACAUAAAUAAAAGUUUGAUGGCACUCGGCAACGUGAUAAAUAAACUAAGUGAUAGUGGGAAGCAAAGGUAUUCUAGCUCUGAAAACAUGGUAAUGCCGUCUGAUUUAUAGAGAGUUUUAAAGUAUCUUUUUAUAAAAUAUUCCUCUGUAUUUCUCUCAUAUGCAUUUUUUGAGGUCUACCAGCCUUUAUUACACAUUGAAGGGCAUCUGUAUUGAAUUUGGUAUAUAAUAUUUGAUUGAUUUUAAACCUAACCGGUUUGAUCUAGGAUUCUGUAUUUUACUGUUGGAUUAUUGAUGAUUUCAUCUCUGCUCUUCUAAAAUAAGAGGACUUCCAAUGCAGGGGUCAUAUUCCAUAUCGUGAUAGCAAACUUACUCGUAUUCUUCAACCUGCUCUCGGGGGUAAUGCCAAGACCUCAAUUAUCUGUACCGUAGCCCCAGAAGAGGUAGACUUCAGUCGCAUUUUCUUUGUGUGUUCUGUGAUCAGUUUAGGGUUAUAAAUGCGAUUAUUCUAAUUUCAUAUAUGGGUGUAGAUUCACAUAGAAGAAACAAGAGGAACUCUCCAAUUUGCAAGCAGGGCUAAACGAAUCACCAAUUGUGCUCAAGUGAAUGAGGUAUCCCAUUCGUCUUUUAUUUUAUUGUCCUCCCUGGCAUUCAUCAAAGCUUGGUAGAUAAUGUAAGUAAGUAGAUCUAGAUCAGUGUAUGUCUAACAGAGCAGGAAUUUCUUAACUUGUAAAAUUUCAUGGACAAGCAGCGAAAAUUGGGAACAUGAACUAUUUUUGAGGAACUGUUUACCUUUCUCCAUUUGAGGAAGGAGGCGUGAAAUUCUCACAUCGUCAGAUAAUGUUUUUUGUCAAAUUUCUAUUCACGUCAUCAUUGGAUGGCUAAUUGUUAUUCUUUUGUCAUAGAUCUUAACUGAUGCUGCGCUAUUGAAGAGGCAGAAGCUGGAGAUUGAAGAAUUACGUCGAAAGCUUCAGGUGAUGACCCAUGUAGCCUUAAUCAUCAAACCAUCAUUGCUUAAUACGGAACUAGGUUUUUCUCAGGGUUCUCAUUCUGAGGUGCUGGAGCAAGUGAUUCUAAAACAAAGAAAUGAUAUGCUCAAGGUACGAUAAAAAAUAUGCUUUUAUUGUUCGUUUGUAACACUCGCCGAAAGCAUGUUGCUCAAGUGAGACGAUAUUUUAUCCCACCUUUCCUUUCUGUCAACAUCAGUCUGAACUGGAAUGUGAGAAGCUUGCCAUGCAACUUGAAGAAGAAAGGAAAUCUCGUGAAGCAUUAGAGAAUUGUAUAAGAGAGCAGCAGAUGAAGAUAGAUGCUCUUAACAGCUUCGCUUCCUCUUCUGAGCUCUCCAGAAAUUUGGCUCAGGUGAAGAAAUUUCUACUGUCGAUGUGCUGUUGUUUCAUUUUUUUGUUUCUUUUCUGAAUGAAAUUUUGUUGGAUAUCUUUCAGGAAGGUAUCCCUGCAAGACAAAGUUCUAUUGAUGGCGAUGAUGAGGGUGAGGAUGAUGCUGAUUGUACGCUAGAAAGCCAUAACUCAAUAACUCCAAAUCUUCGAGCUAUACCGAACGAAUUCGUUGCAAGACGGUCAAAUUAUUCAAUGGUCUCUGAUUGUAGCCCCCUACCUGAAACAUUCGGCAAUAAAGCGGACGAAGACAUGUGGCUACAGAUGAAUAAAGGUUGCUCUACUGACCUCAAUAUGCUCCAGAUGACUCCUAGCCAGGACUCCCAACCCACGCCUUUCAAGGAAAUGCCUCCUGUAAGUUCAUCUCUUCUACAGUUGCUGUCAUCUUUGGAAAGUGCUGGCCGUAUUUGGAAAGUAUGAUCAGAAAAAAAGGAAAUAUCCUCUUUGCUGUCAUCCUCUUUCCCCUACUAAAAUAAAUGCCUUUUUUUUUUUUUUUUGGUUUGAAGUUACCGUCCCCAGGUGAAAGAAGAUCAAGUGGCACUGAAAGACGCGCAGUUUUGGAAAAAUGUGCACUUUUGGAAAGGGAAUGCGGGCUCUUGAGAGAGGAAAACUCAGCAUUAUCCCGGGCUCUGGCGACUUCUGACGAAGGCGCCAAGCUCCUGAGCUCCCAGAAGGAGGAGCUGUGGACGGAGCUGAACGAGGAGAGACGGAGGAUGGAGGACCUGAGAGAGGAGAUGAGAUCGUUCGGCCUGGCGCUCGCCCAGCGGGACGGCAUGCUUCGGUCUCUCUACACCCGAUCCAAGGGCAUUGCUGGGAAUCUCGGUGCCCGGCAAGUCGUCUUGCCUUGA